AUGGACUCGGUCGAUGCCUUUGCGGCCGUCAUGGAGGCUCUCUCCGAGCGUAUUCGUGCCCUCAAGGGACUCAUGAUGUUCCGUACCUCAGAGACGAGCGAUGCCGGAGCCUUUCUCAGCAAGCUCGACGGUGCAGUCGGCGAGAUGGAAGGCCAGAUUCAGGACCUAGAGGCGUACAUCGCAGGCGAGGAGGCUGCGCUGAGCGAGCUGGACCAGGUCCGCGCCGAGAUGCGUGCGCAGGCGGCGUCAGUCGACGUUGCGGUGGCUGCCGCCCGCCCGACCCGCCCGCUUCGCGCCACGCGGCCAAAACCCGCCCAGGCCCCGGCUCGCCACAUCGAAAAGGUGUAUGUCGAUCCUCAGCUUGCCGAGAUCGACGAUGGAGCGCAGGCCGAGCGAUAUGCGUCCAACUCGAACGCCCGCGAGUCGCGCGCGCUGCGGUCGUCCCUGCGGUCGUCGAUGGGAGGGAACCGGCCAGCGGCCGGAAAGACGCCGCGGACCGCUCGCCGCAAGAGCUCGAUGGGCGGGUCGCGGCGGCGGUCGUCGGCGGCAGGCCCGGGCUCGCUCCGCUCCUCGCUCCGUUCAUCGAUGGGCUCGUCGGUCCGCCCCUCGUCCAUCUUUGACACCGCCGACGCCACCGGCACGGACCAGGUCUGGAUCGAGCCGCUCGAGGACGAGGAGAUCGACGCCAUCCCGCACUACCUCCGCGGCCGGCUGACCAAGGAGAAGAUCAACGCCGCCGCUGCCGAGCUGUCGGCCUUUAUCCAGUCCAAGUACGAGCUCAUGGCGACGUCGACGAGGGCCAUGUCCAACGCCCAGCUCCACCAGUACAAGGCCUACCGCUCGUAUGAGAUCCACGGCAAGACCGAGGGAGAAAAGUUCUUUGUCGAGGCCGACAUUCGCAACUUUUCCCACAUCAAGGUCGACCGCACCGGCCGCUCCAUCCUUCACAUUCUGCGGACAACUGGUCGCCUCCGCGAGAUCCGCGACACCAACUGUGUCCGCUAUGCGGUCACCAUCUACUGAUGCCCCAGGCUCCCAUAAACUGUAUCAUGACCA